AUGUGGACUCGAUUGCACUCAUGUGGACUCGUUUGCACUCAUGUGGACUCGUUUGAACUCAUGUGGACUCGUUUGAACUCAUGUGGACUCGUUUGCACUCACGUGGACUCGUUUGCACUCACGUGGACUCGUUUGCACUCAUGUGGACUCGUUUGCACUCAUGUGGACUCGUUUGCACUCUUGUGGACUCGUUUGCACUCAUGUGGACUCGUUUGCACUCACGUGGACUCGUUUGCACUCACGUGGACUCGUUUGCACUCAUGUGGACUCGUUUGCACUCAUGUGGACUCGUUUGCACUCAUGUGGUCUCGCUUGCACUCAUGUGGACUCGUUUGCACUCAUGUUGACUCGUUUGCACUCAUGUGGACUCGUUUGCACUCAUGUGGACUCGUUUGCACUCAUGUGGACUCGCUUGCACUCAUGUGGACUCGAUUGCACUCAUGUGGACUCGUUUGCACUCAUGUGGACUCGUUUGCACUCAUGUGGACUCGUUUGCACUCAUGUGGACUCGUUUGCACUCAUGUGGACUCGUUUGCACUCAUGUGGACUCGUUUGCACUCAUGUGGACUCGUUUGCACUCAUGUCCUGAAAUGUUGGUCGGCUGCUGCAAUGUGGCUCACACCACUCAACACUCUCUCCUCUCCCUCAUCCCCCUCCUGCCCCUUCUCUCCCUCUUCUCCCUCUUCCCCCUCAUCCCCCUCCUCCCCCUUCUCUCCCUCUUCUCCCUCAUCCCCCUCCUCCCCCUCCUCUCUGUCCUCUCCCUCCUCUCCCUCAUUCUCCUCAAUUCCCCUCGUCCGCCAGUUUGCAUUGAACGAGGCACAGGCAAUGGUGGUGGAUUUCCACAUGCUCUGGGUGGGCUUCCUGCUCAUCCUUUUUGCAUUGAACGAGGCGGAGGCGAUGGUCAUGGAUUUCAAGAUGCUCUGGGUUGGCUUCCUGGUCAUCACCAUCGCCUGCAUGAUGCAGGCCCUCUCCAUGCCUAUCUAUGUCUUCCGAGCCGUCAGGCUCGGCGACAAGCUCGGCGACACCGAAACUGAGGGGUAA